AUGGGUUAUCUAAUGCUGACAAAAUUUUUAUUGCUGGUAAUAUCUAUCUAUCUAUCUAUCUAUCUAUCUAUCUUCUUAGUAUAUAUUGGUUUGUUUUUUUUUUACGUCAUAUCAACCUCAAUGGGUUAUCUAAUACUGACAAAAUUUUUAUUGCUGGUAAUAUCUAUCUAUCUAUCUAUCUAUCUAUCUCUAUCUCUAUCUAUCUUAGUAUAUAUUGGUUUGUUUUGUUUUUACGUCAUAUCAACCUCAAUGGGUUAUCUAAUUGACAAAAUUUUUAUUGCUGGUAAUAUCUAUCUAUCUAUCUAUCUAUCUAUCAUCUAUCUAUCUAUCUAUCUUAGUAUAUAUUGGUUUGAUCUAUCUAUCUUAUCUAUAUAUUGGUUUGUUUUUUUUUUUUACGUCAUAUCAACCUCAAUGGGUUAUCUAAUACUGACAAAAUUUUUUAUUGCUGGUAAUUUCUAUCUAUCUAUCUAUCUAUCUAUCUAUCUAUCUAUCUAUCUUAGUAUAUAUUGGUUUGUUUUGUUUUUACGUCAUAUCAAUCAACUCAAUGGGUUAUCUAAUACUGACAAAAUUUUUUUAUUGCUGGUAAUAUCUAUCUAUCUAUCUAUCUAUUAUCUAUCUAUCUAG